UUGAAUAUCUUAAAAUGUAAAAUUCUUUGCGAUCGCUUUCAUGUUAUCGAACGAGAAUAAAAUGCAGAAUACAGCAUCAAAAUGGACAGGACUGUUGAAGAGUAGAAUGAAAUGAGUUACUCGCCCGCUCUAGCGGUUAUGUCGCCCUGGACAAAAAGACAAAUUGCCGCCCUUUAAGAAUAUAUAUUUUUUAAAUAAAGUCAGGCGAUCCUGUCGAACGAUAUGGUCGUUGCGAAUCGAUUGCGAAACAAUAUCGAAGUCAACGGAAGAAGAAAUCCCCUUAAAAAGAAGGUGAAUUUCGUAAAGAGGGUAGAUUCGAUCUACGAGUCGGACAGCGAGGAGGAUCGAGUGAUCGAUAAUUGCAAGGAGCAACGAACAAAAUGUAAAGAAGAUCGUACUGUUUCGGAAGAUGACGACAGAGAUCCUUUUAAAUCGAAUUGCAGCCGAUUAUUUAAACCAGGUCAGCUCAUCAGGUUACGUUUCUCGUCUACCUCUCGCGUGGUCGAUGGAAUCGAACAUGGCGGCCUCUACUAUCGCGGACGCCGUGGUUGCGAUUGGUUCAGAGUGGAUGCGCUAUGCGUCUCGCGUAUUUCAAAUCGAACGACGAGGAACCAUGUGUUGAGAGGACGAUGCGUAUCCUCUCGAAAACGAAACGGUCGAUGUGACAGCAAGCGUCCCUCAAUUUCGAAAGUGAGCCAAUUAAAGAAACUGUCGCGGCAACGGUCGGGCAAAGAAUCGGAAGAGGAGACGGUCGUGGAGAAAUCGAGGAAGCAAAACUCUGGGACGUCGUCGUCGUCUUCGGGCGUACAAAUCACGCGUAAACGACGCGUCGGCAUCGUGGAGAAUCAGUACAUCACCGAGAGUGACGGCGGUUCAUCGGUAUGCGAGUUGGUACGAGGUUUCGAACGGUUGUUCGGUGAGAGAGACGCCGGUAACGGGGUCACGAUGAAGUCGAAAAAGCAACAGAACGUCGUGGAAAGCGUCGUGGAUCCGAUCGAAGAGAACGAGACUUACGACGAGUUCGACACGGUCAGGAUGCCGGUAGUAAGAUCCCUGAGCAAAAGCCCACAAAGCGACGAGGGUAUAGAGACCGACUCUGAACGAAGGAGAGGCUCCAUGGCGCGUUGCUGGAGCCUCGAUUCGGCCGCAGCCAGCGACGAGGACGCAUCGCUGACCACACACCAACAGAAACGACACAAACUACGGGUCACUAGAUGCUGUAGCUCUGAUAGCGCGGUCUUGAGCGAUGAGGAUCAAAUAAAAGGAUGGGACAGCACAAAUAUGGUAGAGGGAAGCGAGUCUGAACAGAACGAGGGAAGACCCAGAUAUUGGAGAACCCCUAGUGUAGUGGUCAGUGAUUACUCAGAUUAUUCUUAUCUUGAUGAGAAGCUAGAGAGAAACGACUUGGAUAUUGAGAAGUACGAUGGAACCAGUGGAACUCCUAGUCAAGCGAGCAGUUGUUCUUGCUUGGAUUGUGACGAUAUAAGAGAGUCUCUAGACAAUCAAUACCUACAGGUCUGUCGCAGUAGAAGACAUUCAGAUUCGUGCUGUCUGUGUCUUGAUUCCAUGAAUGCAGUUGCUAUAAGAAAUUAUAACGAGGCAGGAAAUAGAAGGAACUCCUGUUUGGAUAAUCCCGAUGCUUAUUACUCCAAGCUAAACUCUCAGUUUGUACAGUACACACCGGACAAUUCCUCAGAGCUGCAAGAGAAAGCCAAGGUAUUUCUGAACAUUCCACCAACACGGAAGAUCUCAGACUGCUCUAUCGCAUCUAGCCUUAGUGGGGAUGAAUCUGAUGUCCCUGAACUGCAACAAGUUAAAUCUACCAAGUCUUCUGGCUGGAGAAAACUUAGGAACAUCGUUCACUGGACACCAUUCUUCCAGACCUACAAGAAACAACGGUAUCCCUGGGUUCAAUUAGCAGGGCACCAAGGAAACUUCAGAGCAGGACCAACGCCAGGGACGAUUUUAAAGAAACUCUGCCCCCAGGAGGAAGCUUGUUUUCGUUUGUUGAUGAACGACGUGUUGAGGCCUUACGUGCCGGAGUUUAAAGGUGUAUUGGACCUGAAGGAAGCAGAAGAAGGUAACGCCGAGGAGACUGAGUCAGCAGAGACGUUACAAAAGGACGGUACCGGUGGAGACGCUAUAAACAAAAGGACAGUGGUAUCCUCUUACUUGCAACUCCAGGAUCUCCUCGGUGACUUUGAGCAUCCCUGUGUGAUGGAUUGCAAGGUCGGCGUCAGGACGUAUCUCGAGUCGGAGCUUGCCAAAGCCAAGGAAAGACCUAAGUUACGAAAAGACAUGUACGAAAAAAUGGUACAAGUGGACCCAAGCGCACCGAGUGCCGAGGAACGUCGCGUGCAAGGGGUGACAAAACCAAGGUACAUGGUAUGGCGAGAAACGAUAUCCAGCACUGCCACUCUGGGUUUUCGCGUUGAAGGUAUUAAACUUGCUCAUGGAGGCUCGUCGAAGGACUUCAAAACGACUAGAACUCGAGAACAGGUGACAGAAGCGUUGAGACGAUUCGUGGAAGGUUAUCCGCACGCAGUACCCAAAUAUAUUCAGCGUCUGAAAGCGAUCCGAGCCACGUUGAAGGCGUCGCCGUUCUUUGCUUCCCACGAGGUAGUUGGAUCUAGCUUACUAUUCGUUCAUGACGCCAAAAACGCUGGCAUAUGGAUGAUAGAUUUUGCUAAAACAUUACCUCUGCCUCAUCACUUGCCACGUAUUCAUCACGACGCUGAAUGGCAAGUGGGAAACCAUGAAGAUGGCUACUUGAUAGGCAUGAACAAUCUGAUAGACAUAUUCCAAGAUAUAUGGAACUCUGAAGAAACAUAACUGCGCUGCAUUUGCCUUCAGGACACACGCAUUCGAGCUAUAAACGAAGAGAAUAUCUAAUCAAUUACAUGCAAGCUUAUUUAUUUGUAGAGGCUUCCUAGUGUAGGUUGUGUCCGAUAGAAUAAGGAUCCAAUAACAAGGUAAUCAUCUUUAAAUCAUCUUACCUCGCACAUCAGUAUUAGUGUGUUUCACUAUUGAAUAUUUGUUCUUUUGGACUAGGGAUGUGCGGUCCGACUAUUUCAUAAGCAUGUUUAAAAUCUAUUUUAUAUAAAAUGAACAUACAGGUGACAUGGAUGAAAUUCACUUCAAAUAAAUUCGUUCCAAGUAUUAUUUUUCCACAUAAAAAUUAUCCUAUUUUAAAAUUCCACAUAAAACAGAUUUUGCACAUGCUUAUUGCAAGUAUUAACGAGUACAUGAGAGUUGGAUCGCGGUGGAAUCAGCUCAAUUGUACCCGAUCGAACCCGAAAUAAUCGGGCUAUCCGACUGCACGCCGAGCCCGUAACAUCGGGUACCCGCACAUCCCUAUUUUGGACACAGCCUUCAUUCGGAAGUCUCUAUCAAUAAGUACAAAAGAAAAGAAAAUUUGAGCACGAGAGUCUCGAGAACCUGACGUACAUACAUGCUUAUUCUUAUUUGCACACGUAAAUUCAUACGUCUCUCUUCCAUUCUCUUUUUCUACGAUACGAAGUAAAAAUAUGUACAUAGAACUCAUGAACUGGUAGGAUGUCUCUUCGACGAUAUCUUCUCUCACGAGUAACGGACCAAAGACGCGGUAGCGAUCUGCUGCCUAGGUAUUCAUAGUAAACUCAUUUACAACGUAGACCACAAAGAGAAUCUGUAAAAAUAAUUUAAAUGUUCUACCAUUACAUAAUAAGGUUUAUUUAUACGUGUUACAUUGCAACGCUGCAAGAAUCUUCUUGAUAUAAGAAAAAAAAAAAAAAAGAAAACGGUGUUUUGUAUUUGAAAUCGUACCAUGCAUUUGUAAAUAAUUCGACACUUAUUACAAAAGAAAGUCACGA